GCCCCCGGCUUCACGGAACCGACUUCCCAGGGACGUCAUACCAGGAACUUCCGGUUCCCGCCCUUGGGUUGGAAUGUCACGUGCAAGGGCCGCUGGCCGUCUCCGGGCUUCUGCGGGCGUCUGAUGGAGGGGCUCGUCCUCCGGGAAGGCGGAGCAGAAUCAGCAGCGGACUCCAUCCCUAUCCCAAGAUCAAAACUCAUGAAACAAUUGAGUUUGUGCCUUGUAACCCACGAGGAAAGCAAGAGAAUGAGAAAGCACUCAGCUAGUGUUGCCUGAGAAUUAAGGAAACUCUUCAGACUGUCAGCAUGGGUAUCAGAGGACUAAUGAGUUUUGUGGAAGAUCAUGGUAAUGAGUUCUUCACUGAUUUGAAGUUGCGGGACACAAAAAUUAUCAUUGAUGGCUAUGCUCUUUUCCACAGACUUUGCUUCAGUUCAGACUUGGAGCUUCGGUAUGGAGGAGACUAUGAUUCUUUUGCAGAUGUUGCACAAAAAUUCUUUGAAUCACUGUUUGCUUGUAAUAUAUGUCCAUAUGUUGUAUUAGAUGGAGGAUGUGACAUUUCAAAUAAAAAGCUUACAACUUUAAAGGAUCGAGCUAGAGAGAAGAUCCAGAUGGCCCAUUCCCUCUCUGUUGGUGGGGGUGGGUAUGUGUGUCCCUUACUCAUCCGAGAAGUGUUCAUACAGGUUUUGAUCAAGCUGCAGGUAUGUUUUGUCCAGUGCUUCUCAGAAGCAGAUCGGGACAUUAUGACACUUGCUAAUCAUUGGAAUUGCCCUGUAUUAUCAUCUGAUAGUGACUUUUGCAUUUUCGACCUGAAAACUGGGUUUUGCCCAUUGAAUAGCUUUCAGUGGAGAAAUGUGAACACUACUAAGGGCACACAAAACUAUAUUCCUGCCAAAUGCUUUUCCCUUGAUGCGUUUUGCCAUCACUUCAGCAAUAUGAAUAAAGCUCUACUACCUCUCUUUGCGGUGUUAUGUGGAAAUGACCAUAUUAAUCUGCCUGUCGUGGAGACAUUCUUAAAUAAAGCACGUCUUCCUCUCGGAGCUACCAGUUCUAAGGGGAGGAGACACCACCGAGUUCUGGGACUUCUGAAUUGGUUGUCUCAUUUUGCUGACCCUACUGAAGCACUACAUAGUGUUCUGAAAUAUCUUCCAAAAAAGGAUCGAGAAAAUGUUAAGGAACUUCUCUGCUGCUCCAUGGAAGAGUACCAGCAGUCCCAGGUGAAGCUGCAAGACUUCUUCCAGUAUGGUACUUAUGUCUGUCCAGACGCCUUGAAUCUGGGUUUACCAGAAUGGGUCCUAGUGGCUUUAGCCAAAGGCCAGCUAUCUCCUUUCAUCAGUGAUGCACUGGUCCUAAGACGGACCAUUCUUCACACACAAGUUGAAAACAUGCAGCGACCAAAUGCCCACAGAAUAUCUCAGCCUAUCCGGCAAAUCAUCUAUGGGCUUCUUCUGAAUGCUUCGCCACAUCUGGAAAAUAUGUCUUGGAAUGCACUGCCUCCUCAGCCUCUAGCUUUCAGUGAAGUGGAAAGGAUUAAUAAAAAUAUCAAAACAUCAACUGUUGAUGCAGUAGGACUGCCCAAGGAUCAUUCUGACUUAAGCAAAUUGAAUGAACUCUCCUUGGUUAGGCGGAAGAUGCUUCUAUUGGAAACUCUGAAGGUGAAACAGAGUAUCCUGGAGCCAAUCCCUUCUUCAUUGAAGUUGCCCAUUGCUGUCAGUUGCUACUGGUUGCAGCACACAGAGGCAAGCGCAAAGCUACACCAUCUACAAGCCUUACUUCUGGGGAUGCUGAUGGGGCCCUUGCAUGCCAUGAUCAACAGCCCUAGUAGGUAUCUGGAAAUUCCGUAAGUAUACUAAUGCAUGUUGCUUGCAAACUGCAUAUACUCAAGAGUUUACACAAAAAAAUAUUCUUGGAUUAUUUACUUCCAUCAGUUACAUCAGAACUUAGAGUUGGAGGCACUAAAGUAUCAUUCAUUCAUUGGUAAAUAUUUUUGAAUACUUCCACAUGCCAGGCUCAGUGCUGGAGGGCUUGACUGCAAGUGAGAUGUGCCUGGGCACUGCCUAAUCACGCCUGCUCUGUGGCACCUAAUGCUUUAACUUGUGAAGUGUUGACAGUGUGUUCUGCCAGUUGCGUUUUGUAUUCCAUGUUCCCCAUCCCAUCAUUAAUAUAACAAACAGCAACCUCAUCACAAGAAACUUAUUUAAAAUUGCCCAGAAGUGAAACUUGUCAUAUAUACUUAAAUCUACAAUGAACACUCAUGCUUGUGCUAUUUUACUUAUCUUUUUUUAAUUCCUUUCUGCUGUAAGUUUCAAUUAAUAUGUAAUUAGUGAUGGUAGAAAUAGUAACUUCUCGGGCCGGCCCGGUGGCGCACUACUAUAGUGCGCCGCUUGGGAAGCACGGUGGCGCUCCCACCGA